AUUUCGCGAAUUUGGCUGACAUGCACUAGUGCGCUCUAGUGCCACAGGCGAAAAGACUGUCCUUCGAAAAAGAAUAGAGUCGCUCGGAUCGCUUGUCUAUGGCGUAUGGACAUCAUCGCUUGUCAAUGUUUCAACAUGGCGGACUCAAACGAGAAGUUGCUGGCGGAACUCCUAAAAAAACCUGGGAACAACGUGUGUGCGGACUGCGGGGCCAAGAAUCCAGAAUGGGCAUCUUACAACAUAGGUAUAUUUGUUUGCACAAGGUGCGCCGGUGUACACAGAUCUAUGGGAGCACAUAUUUCGAAAGUAAAACAUUUAAAGUUAGACAGAUGGGAGGAUUCCCAAGUAAAUAGAGUACGUGAAGUAGGUAAUGCUGCAGCUAGAUUGCAUUACGAAGAGAGAGUACCCUCUUGUUAUCGUAAACCAAGUCCAGAUGCUCCACAAGUUUUAGUCGAACAAUGGAUAAGAGCAAAAUAUGAGAGAGAGGAAUUCUGUCAUCCUGAAAGACAAAAUCACUAUGUAUCAGGAUUCAUGGAAGGAUUUUUAAUGAAACGCGGAAAGGAAGAUUCGCGUUACCAUCCUCGAAAGUUUGUACUCUGCGAGGCGGAUGACACACUCAAGUAUCACGUUAAAGAGAAUAAGGAACCCAAAGCUGUUUUAAGGAUAUCGGAAUUAAAUGUGGCGUUUGCACCACCUAAAACUGGCAACCAGAACAGUCUUCAGCUGUCCUUUAUGAAGGACGGCUCAACAAGACAUAUCUACGUGUAUCACGAAGACCCAGAGGUGAUCACAAAUUGGUAUCUCGCGAUCAGAUGCGCAAAACUGCACCGCUUACAAGUGGCGUAUCCGGGCGCGAGUGAAAACGAGCUGCUGUGUCAGCUCACGCGGGACUUUCUGCGCGAAGGCUUUCUAUGGAAAACCGGUCCCAGGCAUACAGAUGCUUAUAAAAAAAGAUGGUUUACCUUGGAUGGCAGAAAACUCAUGUAUCACGAUGAUCCUAUGGAUGCGCAUCCAAAGGGUGAAAUCUUUUUAGGACACAGUUCCGAAGGUUUCGCCGUAAAGACGGGUGUACCACCGGGUGCUCGAGAUCAAGGAUUUUCGUUUACUCUCGAAACACCCGAUAGAAUUUACCUGCUCUCUGCGCAAAGUGACGACGAUAGGUCGCAAUGGAUUAACGUGAUUCAAAAAGUAAUCGAUAAGCCUCUAACACCACAAGACGCAACCGUAGCGGCGAGACUUGUAAGAAAGCGCACAGCCAGUGGAACAAUGAAUAUAUUUUCGUCGACAAGAUAGGGCUGGAUUCCUCUUAGACGACUUUCUUAAUUGUUCAUUGGUAAUCGUACGAUUGAUUCGUAUUAUCGAAAUAGACAAAUAUGUGGCUCAACGCACACGUGAAAGAGCACUUACGGCUCUCGGCUAUUUACUCGUCUUGCUGCUGUUGAGCCAUAUAUUUAUUCGUAAUCUGCGCACGGUACCGUAGUUUACAUAGAGACAUACGCAUAAGACUGCUCGAAGAAGUUGAACGCGGUUAAAAUGCAAGCACCAAUUGCUUCUCGAUAACACUCUUGUGUUAAAGACAAAGCUUGUAUCGCUUACUGUCAAAUCGAGUAGGCAGACAGUAUUGUAAGGAUAUUACAAGGAAUUUUUACUUAGCAAUAAUAUUGCAUGUGAUACUUGUCCCUGACCGAACACCGAGAAAAGAAAAUUUCUAAAAGUUUGAUUUAACUUUCUAUACAGAGAACAAUUUAUCAAAAACGGUAAAAUAGAUUAACAAAAUUUAUGGAUCAUCGAAUGAUGAUUUGCAGUAUUUUUGUUUCCAUUUUUUCGUAUCUAUUUCUUAGUUUUAACUGGUUUGUUCAAAUUUCCACGAUCGAUAUAAGGCCGCAAGUGAUAAUACACUCUGUACAUAAACAAUAAAUUUUGAGGGCCUA